AUGGGAGAAGGCCAAACUCUCGAAUCAGAAACUAAACGUUCUCUUUCUGGAAAAGAAGAUAUCAAACAGAACCUUUACGGCACCAUCACUAGAUUGGUAGAGUUCCUCCAGCUGAAUCGACCAGAAUCGUUUUUAUGCGAAGUUAAAAGGGCAGUUGAAUUCGCAAAUUUGCAAAAGGAGCAUGACACCAAGGCAGGAGAAACUAAGAUUUGGAAUUCCUUUGGCAAUGGCGGGCGAUUACCUAUUUACAGGAAAGGAUGUGUAGGAGAUUGGAAGAACUGCUUCACAGUUGCCCAAAACGAAAGGUUUGACGCCAUGUUGAACAAAGAUAUCACGGAAUAUGGUAUCGACCUCAACUUUUCAUAUGAAUGA